AGCGCAUAGUCUACACAAUGGCUGCUGGAAAGAGGAGAAAGCAAACAAUUUUCAGGCCCGCCGCGUCCAGCAAAAAAUAUGAGAAAAAAAUUAUUAAAAUUCGGAAAAUAGGUGAAAGUCAAGGAAAACGCCCUAGAAAGGAUGUUAAGGCUCCCACGUGCCUGGCCUCUUUGUGGUGUUGAAGAUUCAGCCUCUGUCACUCUGUCAGUGAUCGGACACAUCGCUUGUGUCCACCGCGUGGCUGGCCCGCGCUAAGUCGCCAUGGCCACAGUCACUCCAGACGAUGACUGCCCCAACCCGGCAGAGCACGAUCGAGUGAGGAAGAGGAGGCCAGAGGGGAAAGGGAGGAAAAACUUCCCAUGUCAGCUUUGUGAGAAGGCCUUCAACAGCGUGGAGAAGCUGAAGGUGCACUCCUACUCGCACACAGGCGAGAGGCCAUACCGCUGCACACACACCGACUGCACCAAGGCCUUUGUCUCAAAGUAUAAACUGCUACGCCACAUGGCCACACACUCACCUGAGAAGACCCACAAGUGUAGCUACUGCGAGAAGAUGUUCCAUCGCAAAGACCACCUCAAGAAUCACCUGCACACACACGACCCCAACAAGGAGGCUUUCAGCUGUGCCGAGUGCGGCAAGAGCUACAACACCAAGCUGGGCUUCCGAAGGCACCAAGCUCUGCAUGCAGCACAUCGCGGCGACCUCACCUGCCAGGUGUGUCUGCGGCCAUAUCCCAGCACCACCCUGCUGCUCGAGCACCUGCGUGCCCACGCCGGCAAAAGUGCCACAGCUGCAGCCAAGGAGAAGCGGCAUCAGUGUGAGCACUGUGAGCGUCGAUUCUACACGCGCAAGGACGUGCGGCGCCACCUAGUGGUGCACACGGGCCGCAAGGACUUCCUGUGCCAAUACUGUGCGCAGCGCUUUGGCCGCAAGGACCACCUGACUCGGCAUGUAAAGAAGAGCCACAGCCACGAGCCGCUGCGUGUUAAGGCGGAGCCGCUGGAGCCCUCAGAGCCACACCCCUACCUGUUUGGCCAUGCUUCCUACUCUCCUCCACCACCACCACUCCGUCCUGAGCUGGAGAGCUACCUUCUGGAGCUGCAGGCGGAGGAGAUGCCGAAGCUGAGCGCUGCUGCCACGACCUCUGGAGAGACACCUCCGUCUUUGGACUUCCUGUCUCCUCUGUUCAACUUCCUGCCCUAUGGGCAAGGGGCAGGGCCAGCCUUGGGGGUUUCCUACAGCCAGGAGGAGGGGCUUCCUGUGAUGACGCCUUCUCAAGACGCUCCCGAUCCUCUUGGCCCAAUUCACACGCUCACGCAUCCACACACGCUUUCACAGACGCACACACUCGCCACAAGUUACACACACUCGCCAAGCCUGAAUACAACCACCACCCUGCCUCGCUUUCACCAGGCCUUCCAGUGAUCCAAAACAUACACAGGCACACACGUUAAGCUACCGUAGCAAUUACACACACCUACACACAUCAUCUUGGCACUUAAAUUAAAUACAAAAAAACACACACACACCAAGACAACACUUAUUACUUAAAUCAGUCACACUUACUAAAUUAUGUGCCUUUGAGAACAUAUCACCUGCUCCUUAAAAAUCUAUUUCAGUCUGCAUUUUAAGAGUUAGCAAUAGAAGAUGUUGAACAUCUUGACGGCUGGCAUUCGAAACAAUCAGUCUGGUUUACGAAUGUGUCUGUGCCUUGGUUUGCAGUGAAGUUUUGCUCUCAGACACUGAGUGCAUAUAGCUUUCCCAUUUAGCACUUUGAAUUUCUAGUGAUGUUGAAGUUCCAUCAAAGCUUAUCAUUUGAGUUUAUUAUUUUUUUUUUCCUGAUAUUUUUGUUGAUCACUUUGUUUGUUGGCUCACAAGCGAAAGGGUACUGAAAUGCCAGCAUCUGAGUGACUAUACACAGCCAAAGGCAACCAAACCCCUCAGAGCCAGAGUGUGGACGGCUCGUCUUGUUUUGCCUUUAUCUUUAUUUUUUAUUUUUAUUUUAUUUUUUCCUUUUUUAAACUUUUUUUUUAAAUGGCCGUUUGCCUUCAUGCUGCUGCUCGUUUUAAGGGCCUUAAACUUUACCAGUGCAGAUCUGCUUCACUAUACAAAGCAAUAAAGGGAAACAUGGACUGACUUACAUAGACUGUCAUGUGUAGACACACCCAGCUCUUAAACACCCUUUUCAGUUCUUUACCCUGCCGUUUGUCUUUAUUACUUUUCUUUUCUUUUCUGUUUUUUUUUGGUCCUGGACUUUAGACACCAACACAACCUUCAACCUCAUCUGCUAGAAUGCUGUCCAUUGCACUGAUUCUGAUUCUCAUUAAAAAAACAAAAAUUCAGUUGUAUGGAUCUGUGCUGCAUCCGAAGCGCACGCAGAAGCCCUGCAAAUGACAUACACAGUCUGUGAAGAAGCUCUGUUGUGAAUAAGAUACAUUUCUACAGAUAGUUUUACAGAAUAUAUACGGCUCCAGAGGCUGUAAAACACAGCUAUGGUUGGCACAAUCCUUUUCCCAAAACCCCCAACCAAACCCCAGUACAGAUGUGUAUUUGUGUUUGUGUGUGUGUGUGUGUGUUUGGGUGCGGGUGGGGUGGGCUAGGGGCGGAGCAGGGACGACAGAGGGGUGUGCUGAAUGAUUGUUGGGGGUCAUGUUGAUUAUACAUUGGGAGCUGAAGGUUGUUGGAUGCUGGAAAGCCUCCAGGUUGGGCAUAUUUUUCAUACUAGCACUUUCUAAAGAAUCUGAUGCCUUGGUUUUUGUCAUAUGUUAUAAAUAUGUAUUUUAUGUUAAACAACCUUUUGCAUCAAAUGUUUAGAUGUCAUAUAUAGCUUUUAGCAGAUUGUUAGCAUGUGUUUGUGUGUGU